AUGUCAGGCCGGCUCUCUUCCCAUGCGAGCGGCACAGACGGCGAUGGUCUCAUGCCGAUCGCCGUUGUGGGAAUGUCCUGCCGCCUCUCAGGUAUUGCCACGAGCCCGGAAGGCCUUUGGCAGAUGCUGGCAAGGGGCUUAACGGGAUGGUCAAGCAACGGGAGCAGCCGCUUCCAAAUGAAUUCCUUCUGGCACCCGCAGUCUGACUUGAACGCUUCGUUCAACGCAAGAGGCUUCCACUUGAUCAAGCAGGAUCCCGCAUUGUUUGAUAAUUUGUUCUUUGGGGUCACCAACAUUGAGGCCAGGGCCAUCGAUCCUCAGCAACGAAUGCUGCUUGAAGUAGCAUACGAAGCGUUCGAGACGGCGGGAAUCACGAUGCAGAAUGUCAAAGGCUCAGAUACAGGGGUAUAUUGCGCGGUUUCACAUCACGACUAUGACAAGAUCCUAGGCAGGGAUCCCGAGUUAUCCCCAGGAUACCGAUUUACCGGAACUGGACCUGCGCUCGUUUCCAACCGCAUUUCCUACGUGCUUGAUUUGCACGGGCCAAGUAUCACUCUUGAUACAGCAUGUUCCGGUGGACUGGUUGCGGUUCAUGAAGCCUGUAAAGCCAUCCGGGCGGGAGACGUGGCGCAAGCACUAGUCGGUGGCACGAACUUGAUUCUCGAUCCAGACCAGGUCAAUAUCAUAUCUUCAAUGGACUUCCUCUCUCCCCACGGCCGCUGCUACGCGUUCGAUUCCCGUGCCGAUGGUUUUGGAAGGGGUGAAGGCGUGGCUGCUGUCGUGCUGAAGCGCUUAGACAUGGCCCUUGGUGACGGCGACCCGAUUCGGGCUGUCAUUCGUGGUAGCAACGUUUGCUCGGAUGGUCGCACGCCUGGAGUCACAAUGCCAUCUUCCGACAUCCAGAGGAGAAUGAUUCAGAGAGCCUACCAACAGGCAGGCCUAGACCCGAGGGAUACCACCUAUGUGGAAGCACAUGCAGGAACUGGAACCAAGGCCGGAGACAAGGCCGAAGCGACUGCUCUCCAUGAGACCUUUUGCAAGGCAAGGCAAGAGGGAAAUAGACUGUUUGUCGGAAGCGUCAAGGGUAAUGUGGGCCAUACAGAGAGUGUGGCCGGAUUGGCCGGUCUGAUCAAGACGGUUUUGAUGCUCGAGAAAAAGAUGAUACCCCCCAAUGCCACGUUCAUGAAACCAAACAGCGACAUUCCAUUGGAAAGCUGGGGCAUGGAAGUGCCUAAAAGGAUGCUCCAGUGGCCGGACAAUGCCACUCGCCGCGCCUCAGUCAACAGCUUUGGGUAUGGAGGUACAAACGCCCACGUUAUCCUGGAUGCGGCCGACGAUUACCUCGACAAUAUGAAGCACAUGUGCCCCCCAGUCGCUAUUCGAGCUUGCGAGGGUAAAGUCAACGGAGACUUGGCACACGAAGUGGCAGAAGUUACGGAAACAAGUAGUCUCGCCAUGACCAUAAUUGUUUCAAACCCAACGGAAGCAGAACCGACGACGACGCACGUCCAUGGCCAUUCGACUCUACAACACAGGAGGAGCCUGAAAGCUUCACCCACCAACGCCAUGACGCGACCACGCCUCUUUCCCUUGUCGCACGAUCAGGAAGGGGGCGUGGCGAAAUUAGCGGCCAAUUUCAAGCGCUUUAUUUUGGACAAGCUGCCUGAUACGAAUGAAUCUCUGGAUAGUCUUGCCUUCACUCUAUCGGAUCGGCGGUCUGUCCACAGGUUUCGUUGGUGUGUAGCCGCAUCCAGUCGUGACGAACUUGUGGAUGGACUUGAACACAUAGUCGAGGGCACGGAUCGGGCCCUACAACAAGCUGAAGAGCGAAAAAUAUGCUUUGCUUUUACAGGUCAGGGUGCUCAAUGGGCAGGCAUGGGCCGCGAAUUGCUGGCCGCAUACCCUGUAUUUGCCAAGUCCAUGGAGCGCUCAGAAAAGUAUCUCACCCACCUCGGUGCUGACUGGCGGCUUCUCGCCGAGCUGGAUAAACCAUGGGAAACGUCUCGAAUCAACGAAGCCGCCCUGUCACAGCCUUGCUGCACCGCCAUCCAGAUUGGACUCGUCGACUUGCUCGAGACGUGGGGAAUUCGACCAGCCUUGGUGUGCGGACACUCGAGCGGAGAAAUUGCGGCGGCAUAUGCAGCUGGCAUCAUGACAGCACAGGAUUGUCUGAAAGUCGCCUAUUUUCGUGGCCAUCUGGUGAAGCGGCUGAAGGAGAAGAAACCCGAGCUUUCCGGCGGCAUGCUUGCUGUUGGACUGUCGGUAGGCGAGGCGCAAAAAUAUCUUGACAAUGACGCCACUUGCGAAAAGGUCGUCGUGGCGUGCGUCAACAGUCCUGCCAGUAUCACCUUGUCCGGAGAUGAAGCAGUGUUGAGCAGCAUUCAAGAGACGCUCGCCGCCAGAGGCGUUUUCAACCGCAAGCUGGCGGUUGACGUGGCCUACCAUUCGCACCAUAUGAACAUGAUUCUGGAAGAAUACCUGCACGCCAUUCAGGACAUCAAACCUUUACACUGCGGGCAGCAUGUCCAAAUGGUAUCUUCUGUGACGGGCAGGGCCGUUCAAGGCGAGGAGCUGAAUGCGACGUAUUGGGGUAGAAACCUGACAUCUCCCGUUCUCUUUGCCGAUGCUCUGGCCGAGAUCUUUGACACGGCGCGAAAAAACGAAAAGCGAAGCAACAUGCUUGCGGUUGUCGAGGUUGGCCCUCAUUCUGCACUGCAGGGUCCCAUCAAACAGACCAUCAAGGCGUCCAAAACAGCGGGAUCCAUCAGCUAUCACUCGGUGCUCUCACGGAAGCAAGACGCAAGUAGGACUGCCGUGGCCUUGGCUGCAAGUCUGUUCGUCAAUGGAGCAACCGUCGAUUUUGGUCGAGUCAACGAUCCGCAUGGCGACGCCAAAAAGAACGUCUUGACCAACUUGCCAACGUACAAUUGGCAUCACAAUACCACGCACUGGGUCGAGUCCCGCCGGAGCGCUCAAUAUAGACACAGAAAAUUUCCCAAGCACGAUCUUGUUGGAGUGCCCAGCAGCGACAGCAUACCCAGCGAACCGACAUGGCGCAACUACAUCCGCCUCAGGGAAUUGCCUUGGCUCAAGGGCCAUUGCAUUGGUGGCAACACCAUUUUCCCAGCCGCUGGCUAUGUGACCAUGGUUUUGGAAGCCCUGAAGCAACAAAUCCUCGGUGGCGGAAACCCCUGGAAGAAGAUGCGUAUCAAAUUUCGCCAAGUUCAUUUUGGUCGGGCGCUCCUCGUUGCCGACGAUUCUGUGGGCGUAGAGACAUUCGUCACCAUUCGACCUUUUACGUACACGGCACGAGAAUCUUCGGCUUCGUGGAACGAGUUUCGGAUAUUUUCCGUGUCUGUCAAUGGAGAAUCAACAGAGCAUAGUCGGGGUCUGGUGACUGCCAUCAGUCCUUUGCCCAACCAAGACCAUGAGAAUAUGACGGAUGCCGAGUCUCUUGCGUUUAUUGAACAAGUUUCCGAGAAAGCUCGCAUAGUACUCCCCCCGAAGCAGCUAUACAAGGAGCUCAGAGACGUGGGUAUUGAGUAUAGCCACCCGUUCAAUGGCCAAGAGCACAUUCGAGCAUCCGAGUCCGCAUCGACCUGUCGAAUCAAGAUUCCAGAUAUCGAGGCUCUUAUGCCUUUGCAUUACCAGCAACCUCAUUGCAUCCACCCAGCAACAUUGGAUGUCUGUUUCCAAGCAGCCUUCUCGGCCAUGAAGGUCGGAGACAAUCUUCGGGGUACAUUUGUCCUCGGCGGGUUUGACGACCUUGAAAUCUCGAGUGAGAUUCCGUCGCAGCCUGGAAAGCACAUGUCCGUCGCGGCAUCUCUUCGAGGCCUUGGCCACUCCAAUUUCGCAUCCGAUUCAGUCAUCUCGAGCUCCGACGACGGAAAAUCAGAAGUCUUCAUAAAGAUCAAGGGGCUCAUCCUUGCCAGGACAAGUGGACCAUCUCGGCAGACUUCUUCACAGCAUCUGGCUGGAGAAUCCCUGUGCCAUCGGCUAGAGUGGUCCCUUGACCCGACUUGCGCCGAGCCUCACAGCAUCAUCAAGCGUUGCCUUCUCGACCCGGACGUGUUGGUGGCUGGGAGAACGAGCAUGUGUGAGCAAUACUGCCAAGCUGUCGUGGCAGGGGCACUAACAGAGCUCUCUCCCGACGACGAGGCAAAGAUUACUGGCCACUUUUCUCAGUGGCUCCUGUGGAUGAAGUCAAUAAGGGCUGGAAGCUACCAGCCACUCCAGAUGGGCAACGCGCUCAACGAUAAAAUCAAGUCUCUUGGCAUCUACGGCGAGGUCCUGGUGGACAUGGCACCUCGGCUCGUAGGUAUUCUUCGGGGAGACGUUGAUCCCCAGGCACUCCUUCUGGAGAAGCAGCGUCUGUACCGGCUCUACACGCGCGACAACAUCAAGAGGUGUCACAUGCAGCUGGCCGAAUAUGUCAAGCUUCUUCGAUUCAAAACUCCCAAUCUCCGCAUCCUCGAGAUUGGGGCUGCAACCGCAGACGGGUCGAUGCCGGUUUUGGAAGCUCUCUACAGCAACAAGGGCGUUGCAGGAGAAGCGAGGUCCGAGUCGUAUACCUUGGCCUGUGCUCCGACAGCGUUCUUCCAGGACGCAGAAACGGGAUGGGAUAAGGCGCAAGAGUCUCUAGAGUGGAAGAGGCUUGACAUGGAAAUCUCACCCAAAGAACAGGGGUUUGAACUUGGCUCGUACGACCUCGUCAUUGCCGCCAAUGUCUUGCAUGCGACUCGCGAGAUCAAUGUCGCGCUGGGAAACAUGAGGAGCCUGCUCAAAUCAAAUGGCAAGCUUGCUGUGAUGGAGACGACGGCCCCAAAAAUUCACGACGGAGUCAUAUUUGGCAUGCUCCCUGGAUGGUGGCUUGGAGCCACGGACGGUCGGGUGCACUCACCACUUCUCGAUGCAUCUGGUUGGCGUGAUAGGCUCGGCCAUUGUGGCUUCUCCGGAAUCGACUUUGAGAUGCACGACUUCGACUCGGCCGAGGACCACCAGGUCAGCGUCAUGGUUUCUUCAGCAACUAGCCAUCCAGAGCCAUGGUGUUUGGGCAUGCAAGACCCGACGAGAGGCGUGUCAACACUAGAAUCCGAGUUGCCAAUCUCCAAAUACCCAACAAACCUGACGGGCUCGGAAGGAGGCCCUCGGCAGACCAUUCUUGUGAUUAGUGACGGUAAAGAGAGCAGACUUGCAGACCAUGUAGCCGAGCUAUUGACCUCUGUCGAGUCCAGCGUCCACGCUGAGAAGACCAUGUUGGCUGAGGCGCAGGUUUCGCCUGGUCAGCUGGCCGUGGUGCUGCUCGAGGCAGUCCAUCCGUUCCUGGCGACAUGCUCUCAAGCGGAUUGGGGAAAAGUCCGGCAUAUCCUUUCCAACGCAGACGGUGUUUUAUGGGUCAGUUGUGGCGGCGCCGUCGAAGGCACGAAUCCUCUCCAGUCGCUCAUCGUGGGCCUAACGCGCUGCCUGCGAUCCGAAGACCAGCACAGAAAGGUCGUCACGCUGGAUCUCGAGCCGAAUCACGGGUCGGGGCUCGAGACCGCAGAGCAGAUUCGCAGAGUCUAUCAUCAUGUAUUCGGUCCACAUGGUCCGCCAGCCUCUGCCUUGCCGGAAUUUGAAUACGCCAUCCGCAAUGGAGAGAUACUGAUUCCUCGCUUGAUGUGUAACAGUCCCGUGAAUGAAUAUGUCCAAGACAGCGUUUCGAGCUACCACCCUCGACACGAGCAGGGAAUGAAACCAGGCCGUGCCUUGAGCCUGAAGAUCCACGAACCUGGGCUUCUCAACACACUCUACUGGGCCGACUCGGAGCGGCACGCGCGGAGCGUCGGAGCCGAAGAAGUCCGGGUGGAUUUGCAAUACGUCUCUCUCAACUUCAAAGACAUCAUGAUCGCCAUGGGACAACUAGAAGGGCACACGGCCAUGCUGCUGGAAGGGAGCGGCAAGGUUGUCGAGGUUGGUGAAGCACUCCGUCAUCAGUACUCUGUCGGUGACUUGGUCUUCGCCACCGAUCCAGACGGUGUCGCCACGACCAGCGUCAUUAACAAGUGCAACGUUCAUCACAUACCCAGGAAGCUGUCCAUGGAAGUCGCAACCGCUAUUUCUCUCGCCUAUGCAACGGCUCUGUAUUCGCUGAGGAAUGUUGCCAAUCUCCAAGAGGGAGAGUCCAUUUUGAUUCAUUCCGGAGCAGGCGCAGUUGGCCAAGCCGCCAUCUCCCUGGCUCAAUAUCUCAACGCUGGCGAAAUAUACGUCACGGUGGGGAGUGCGGACAAGAGGGCCCUCAUAAGAGAACGCUUCGACAUCCCAGACGACAAGAUAUUCUCCAGUCGCGGUCUCAGCUUCUACCAUCAGAUUCUUCGCAGGACAAAUGGUGAUGGUGUCGAUGUCAUUCUCAACUCGCUCAGCGGCGAGGCGUUGCAAAAAAGCUGCUCCCUGCUCGCGCCGUUUGGACGGUUUGUCGAGAUUGGUAAGAAAGAUGUCAUCUCCAACGCGAGGCUUGAAAUGGCGUCUUUGGAAAGCAACGCCACAUUUACUACCGUUGAUUUGACGCUGCUUGCAAAGAGGAAGCCUCUUGUUCACCAAGAGCUCUACCGCACCAUCUUUGAGCUCGUUGGCCAGGACAGGAUCAAAGUUUUGAGCCCUAUAACGGUCAGUCCUGUCUCCGAGCUGGAGACUUCAUUUAGGCUGAUGCAGGCUGGAAAACACGUGGGCAAACUACUGCUCCAGUUGGACCCGGACAUGGCAAUUUCCGUCCAACCUCCACGGCCACCGACUCCUCGGCUGAAAGGGGAUUGCUCUUACCUGGUCGUGGGAGGAACCGGCGGCCUUGGUAGAGCCACCAUGAAGCAUUUUGCGAGUCUCGGGGCCAAGCACAUUUUUACCUUGUCCCGAUCUGGUUCCGACAGUCCAAUUAUGAGAGAACUGGUGGAAGAGAUGCGUCUUGCCGGUGUUUGUGUUGUCGUGUUCAAGGGCAGCGUCACAGACACGGUCGCGAUUGAGUCGAUCAAGGAGCAGGCCAGAGAAUUCCCCAUCAGAGGUGUUGUCCAAGGAGCAAUGGUGCUGCAGGACUCUCGCGUGGACAAUAUGAGCUACGAGCAGUGGCGGGCUGCAAUGGAACCGAAAGUUGUGGGAACAAUGAAUUUGCACCGCGUGUUCGGAGACACUCUAGACUUCUUCAUCCUCCUUUCGAGCAGUGCAGGAAUCAUUGGCUCGUAUGCUCAGGGCAACUAUUCCGCUGGCAAUACGUUUCAAGAUUCCCUCGCUCGCCACAGGGCAUCGCUCGGUCUGCCAGCUCGCUCCAUCGACGUUGGCUCCGUGGAAGGGGAAGGGUACACGGCAAAUAACGAAGCGGCCGCGGAAUUCGUCUCCCGCCAAGGACUGCAGCCGUACAAGGUCAAGGAGUUCCUGGCCACAAUCAAUGAGGCGAUAUGGAAUCCCUUUCCAUCCGGGCCCUCGGCAGCGCAGCUGAUUUGCGGCACGAGGAGAGCCGAUCCAAGUUCCCAAGCCAAAGAAGCAGCUCUGCAACGUCCAGAUCCCAAAUUCUCCCACAUAUGGACGAAGCCCCAUCGCCAGGCAUCUGCCAAGGCUGACUCGAGCCAUUUCAAUAUUCAAGCCAUGUUUGAAUCAGCAAAAACGGCGGAUGAAGCCGAAAAGGCGAUGCAGAUAGCAAUCAAGCAGAAGCUUGCUCAUCUGCUUGGCCUGCCAGAAAAGGACGUCAGCACGAAUCGCUCCGUUGUGAGCUAUGGAGUGGACUCUCUUAUUGCGGUGGAGCUUCGCAACUGGAUCUUGUCACAGUUGGAAUCUCACGUCCAGAUAUUCGAGUUGAUGAGUCCGAUGAGUUUCGCCGAGCUGGCCAACACGGUUGCCAGAAGAUCUCGGCUUGUGGCGACGGGACUUUUCGGCCAUGUCAAAGUCUAG